UCGGCCAAUGCUAUUUUCAACAUCAAGACUCAAAGAUCAGAAAAAAAUAACAUUCUGCCGCAUUUCUUCAAAUUAUCUUGUUUAUUUUGCUGAACCUAGCGGAAAGUAAAUUAGCAAACAAUUUACUGUUUUUAUUAUUAGAGAAGCGAAUGCACAUUGACCGCAUGCACGUCAACAAGACUGAUGUGAAAUUUACCCGUUUGUUGUGCAAUCUUGUAAAGAAACAGCAAUUUUAAACGGAUAUAUUAUAUCCAGCCUUAAAAAUGCUUCGUCAACUAUCAUGCCGACACCAUCGUAGUUUGAGGAGAUUUCUCUCGACUGCUUCAGUCCCGAAAGUAAAUCCGGCUGUUCUUUCUUCCGAUCGAUAUAAACCCGGUAGCUGCUACAAUGGAUUCGUUUGCACCCAAUCUCAAUUCAUUGCCGAUUUCAACAUGACUGCAUAUAUGUUCCAACACGAACGGACCGGACUGGAAUAUUUGCAUAUCGAUCGGAACGACCCAAACAACGUGUUCUCUGUUAACUUCCGUACUACGCCUUUCGACUCUACUGGACUCCCUCAUAUCCUAGAGCACAGUGUCCUUUGUGGUUCACAGCGCUUCCCGGUACGAGACCCCUUUUUCAAAAUGUUAAAUCGCAGCAUGGCCACAUUCAUGAAUGCUAUGACUGGUCCGGACUACACGAUCUAUCCAUUUUCAUCGAUGAAUGAAGUAGACUAUCGUAAUCUUCAAUCAAUCUAUUUGGAUGCUGUUUUUCGACCGAAUUUGAAAUACCUGGAUUUUCUACAGGAAGGUUGGCGAUUGGAACAUGGUGAUUUGAAAAACCCAAACUCCGAUUUAGUUUUUAAAGGUGUUGUAUAUAACGAGAUGAAAGGAGCGUUCUCAGAAAACUCAGCCAUCUUUGGACAACAAUUUUUCAACAGAAUACUUCCGGACCAUACCUACGGGUAUGUGUCCGGCGGUGAUCCAUUGGAGAUUCCUAGGCUGACACACCAGGAUUUGGUGAACUUCCACAACAAAUACUACCACCCAAGUAAUGCAAGAAUUUUCAGCUACGGGAAUUUUGACUUGGAUAAAACAAUGGAUUUCGUACACCAACAGUAUUUGAACGAUUUCGAAAAAAUUGACUCCAGUUAUAGUAUAAUACCACCUCAAAAACGAUGGCAAGCACCGAAAAAGACUCACAUCAAAAGUCGAUUCGAUAAUAUGGGAGCACCUAUAGAGAAACAGAACCAAAUUGCCAUCGGGUUUUUAAUGCCGGACAUUACUAAUGUUUAUGAGUCGUUCCUAAUGUAUAUUUUGAGUGAGCUGUUGAUCAAAGGUCCGAAUUCGUACUUCUACAAAAGUCUUAUAGAACCUAACAUAUCCGGAGGAUACAACCAGCUAACCGGCUUCGAUCCCAAUAUUCGAGAUACAAUGUUUGUUGUAGGUCUGCAAGACGUGGCAGUAGAAGACUUCGAUCGUGUACAACAAAUUUUCGAUCGUACGAUAGAUGAAGCUAUCGAGAAAGGCUUUGAGAAAAAUCAUCUUGAAAGCGUUCUCCACCAUAUUGAAUUACACAUGAAACAUCAAUCUACGAAAUUUGGAUUAGGUUUGCUGUUCAACUUGACACCACUCUGGAACCAUAAUGGAGAUUUGUUCAAAUCGCUGAACAUAAGCGCGCUUGUACAUCGAUUGAGAGAAAAUUUGUUUAAAGAUCCACAGUAUCUGCAGAAAAAGGUUGAAUAUUAUUUCCGUAACAACCGGCAUAGACUGACAAUGACAAUGUCCCCAGAUCAGCAAUACGAAAAAACAUUUAGUGAAAAUGAAAGUAAAAAUUUAUUAGAAAAAACCAGCAUUCUAACAGAUGAUGACCGAGCGAGGAUUUUCAGAGAAGGACUCGAAUUGUCGGAAGCGCAGAAGGCAAUUCCAAAUACGGAGGUUUUACCCUGUCUUAAGCUUGAUGAUAUUCGCAAAUCAGCGCAUGAAAACGAUAUAAAGUCGUUGAUAGUUCAGCAUGUUCCAACACAAUCCUGUAGAGUAGAUACUAAUGGUGUGACCUAUUUCCGUGGAAUAAUUAGUGCAAAUGAGCUGUCAGUUGAUCAAAAGCUGCUUUUACCAUUGUUCAACGCAGUUAUUAAUCAAUUUGGCACGAAAAAAUUUAAUUAUCGCGACUUUGACCAACUGAUCAGUUCAAAAACUGCUGGUAUCCAUUUCAGUACUCAUCUAGUGGAAGAUGUAGAUGACAACGGCAGGUACGAGUUCGGUGUUUUAUUCGGAACGUACGCUUUGAAUGAAAACGUCCCAGACAUGUUCAACAUCUUGCAGCAGAUCCUUACUGAAAUUGACUUAACGGACGUGUCUCGUUUCGAAAUGUUGCUGGAAAACUACCUAUCCGAACUAUCGGUGGGUAUUGCACAAUCUGGCCAUUUGUAUGCUAUGCAAAACGCAAACGGAUUAGUCAUGGAAUCGGGGCAGCUUCGCGAACAGUUAAUGGGCAUCGAACAUAUUUCGUUUAUGAAGCAGCUCUGCAAGAAUAACAAACCAGAGCAGGUACUUGAAAAACUUCGCUCCGUUGCGGAUACUCUUUUCUGUAAAUCCACAUUACGUUGUGCGCUAAACUACGGACACGAUAUUGAAAAGCAAAUUCUCGCGGAAUACGAACGCUUCAUAAGCAAUAUUCCACCCAGACAUCCCGAAAAAGCAACCUACAACAUUUCUAAACCACUUGCUUUACCAAUUAACCGUCGGCAUACAGUGAUGAACAUUCCAGUCAAUUACUGCGCCAAAUCAAUUAUGGCAGUACCCUAUUCUCAUGCCGACUAUGCACCACUUAUAGUUCUGGCAAAAUUUUUAUCAGCGAAGUAUCUGUUACCGGUGGUUCGCGAACAGAACGGUGCUUACGGAGCUGGAGCAAAGAUCACCUCUGACGGAUUGUUUAAUUUCUUCAGUUAUCGAGACCCCAACUCACAAGAAACAUUAACCGUAUUCGAUAGUGCUCAUCAAUGGAUGGAGAAAUCACUUCCCAGCAUAGACGAACAAGCGCUGUUCGAGGCCAAGCUUGGUGUGCUUCAACAAUUGGAUGUUCCUAUUGCGCCUAUAGAUCGCGGUAUGGAUCUGUUCCGGCACGGGAUUAGUGAGGAAAGGUUUGAAAAGCAUCGAGAAGCCGUGUUAUCCGUUACCCGCGAACAGCUGAAGGAAGUAAGCAAUCGUUAUUUGAACCCAUCAGCAGGCACGAUAGUCGGAAUGAGUGUGCUCGGUCCAGAGAACGAAGAACUGAAACAAUACGGAGGCCAAUGGAGCAGAUGUGAGCUUUAGUUUAAUUUCCUUCAUUGAACAUCAAUUCAAUGCAAAAUAAAAUUGUUUUCAUUUAAAA